AUGCCUUCAAACACUGGAGAAAUGAAUGACGAACUGAGCAAUGACUAUGUUGCACAAGUAUUAGCCAAGGAGGCCCGUGACAGCUCAAUGAAAUAUUCCGCUCAAGGAUUGGGUGCUUAUCUGCCUAAAAGCGGAAGGAAGAAAGAGAAGCCAGGGAACGAAUGCGACAACUACGGGGCCAAGCUUCAGACACAAGAGAAAGCCGGGAACCAAGGCAUCGCCCUCACAGGAGAAGCCAUAGGAGUCGUUCAGCGUCCUCGGACAGAGAUCGGUCCCGCAGACACCGACGAACCCAUCGAUCUGAUGACACUGGUGAAAAGCGUCAUCGAUCUUCAAGGAAGGAACAUCGCCGCCGAUCGUCCUCACGUAGCCGCUCUCCACGAGAUGAUCAUGCCUCAAAUUCUCGCGAUCGCUACAGACGACGUCGUCGACGCACGGUCUCAUUGUAGAGAGGAUACAAGACACGACACUCGCCGCAGCUCACGCGAUGAUCGCACGACACGGAAACACACCACAGCAGGCGAGAAAGAACGAGCAUCGCCUACUCCGAGAAGAGAGUCUGGGUUUGAGUCUGAUCCACUCGAGGAUUUGGUGGGACCACUACCUCCUAAGCAUGGCGGCCAAAGCGGUUCGGGGCCAAUUCGCUCUCGGGGUCGGGGCGCCUAUAGAGCCAAGUUGAGCAAUAUCGACGCUCACUUUGCUCCCGACUACGAUCCAUCGCUGGAUGUUCACAUGGAAGACGACGAUCUAGAUCAGCGCAAAGGGCGCUCUCGACGUCCUGUUGCAGGUCUUACAACCGAGGAAGAUGAUUGGGAGCUCGCCCUCGAGGCGCUCCGCGACCGUGCUCGAUGGAAGCAAAAGGGAGAGGAACGACUACGAGAAGCAGGCUUCAACGAUGCUGUCGUUGAUCGAUGGAAGAGCAAUUCUAGUAAACCAGCCACGGGUGGUGAUGACGACGAAGGCAGACUCGAAGAUGUGAAGUGGUCAAAGAAAGGCGAGGAUCGUGAAUGGGAUCGCGGAAAGUUUGUUAACGACGAUGGACAUAUCGAUGUCAAGGCUUUGUGGUAG